AUGACUUCAGAAUCCACCGAAAAACCAAUCUCCAUUGCUAUCAUAGGCGCCGGUCUAAUUGGUCCUCGGCAUGCCCAAUCGAUCCUAGGUCACUCUGCAUUCCCUGACAGACCUGCUCCACAUGCAAUCCAGAUUGCGACUUCCCUAUCGACCACCUCCCACUCCACGCUCUCCUCCCUUCUCUCAUCCACUCCGCUACCAACGACAGUGCUAAUUUGCACCCCAAACCAUACCCACGUUUCUAUAGCCAUCUCCUAUAUCAAAGCCAGCAUAAAAUAUGAUCUGGCGGAAAAGCCCGUCUCCACAUCCAUACAAAAGGGCGCUAAAUGA